AUGGAUAAGCUGACGAGGUUCGUGAAGGAGCAGUCCCUCCAGAGGACUGAGAACACGCACAAACCCGAAGAGCUUGUGCAGUGGCUGCUCGACUUAGGCAGCAGAGGAGAGAAAGCAGCGGCUGACAUGGGGUAUGCCAACACGGUCGGAACAAUGGUCCACGAUCGCAACGACGAGGUGGCUGCGGCGGCAAUCACCGCCUUAGGUGACAUGGGGCAAGAAGGCAUCAAGCACAUGAGCCAAAUCGCUUCUGGCUUGAAUCGGAGCCCAGAGGUUUGCCAAGCUGCUGCAACAGCCCUGGCUCAGUUCGGCAAGCAGGCUGCGGCUUACGAAGCCAGCCUGUCAACUUGCCUGAUGAGAGUGUCAGACGAGCCCACACAAGCCGCUGUCAUUGCAGCUUUGGGGGCCAUAGGCGCCGAGCAUGAGGCCACUACCUUGGCAAAGUACUUGGAUGACAGCUCUGCAACUGUUGUUGCAGCGGCAUGUCAAGGCUUGGGAUACCUUCCCCAAGGUGUGCAGGAAGCACCGCGCAUAGCAAAGAAGCUUCAGGAUCCAUCAACUCGUUUUGCGGCUGUGAGCGCGCUUGGGAAGCUAGGCGGUGGGGUAGUUGAGAAGUACAUCCAAGAGAUUACAGCAUGCCUGAAAGACAAGGACAGCCUGACAAGACAAGCCGCUGCAAACACUUUGGCAGCUGCGAGUGGGGCAGUCCUGAGCUCACAGGCAGGGGCUCCCUACAUCGCCACCUUGUUGAAAGAUGCAGAUCCAGGAGUUCGAUGUUCCGCUGCCCUCAGUCUCGGCAAGCUAGGUCCACAAGCAUCCUCACAUGCCUCGGAAGUUGCAAAACUCCUGGCCGAUGAUGCAGAGGACAGCUCCGAAAGCUAUUUGGCCGUGGGAGGGGGAAGUCUCAGGUCACCGGCGACUCUUCGCCGUCCCAAAUGUGCUGCUCUGGCAGCUCUUUCCCUCAUGAAUGCAAGCAGCCACGUGUCAGACAUGGCCAUGUGCUUGAGAGACAAGGCCUACGAGGUGAGGUUGUGCGCGUUGGAAGCGCUCAUGCACAUGGGUGAAGCCGCGAGCAAGCAAUCCACAAGCAUCAUGGCAACAAUGGAAGAUGAUGUCUACAUCGUCCGGCUAAAAGCCUGCCAGUGCAUUGCAGCACUCCAAGCUCAAGAUGUUAUGGAUAAUCUUCCUGAUUUGUUCAAAGACGAAGCACCUUCAGUACGAGAAGCCGCCUUGGAAGCUUUGGCAAGCUGCCCCGAGAUUGCAAAGAAGUACUGCUCGCAGGUGUUCAAAUGCCUGGAGGAUGAGUACGGUAUGGUUCGAGCAGCAGCUUUGCGAGCUUUGUCAACCAUGGAUUCGGUCGGGCAGGGCUACGCAAGUGCCAUCGCAUCAGAGCUCGGAAAUCAAGACCCCAAUGCUCGGGCAGCUGCCUGCGAGGCACUUGGAAAGUUUGGUGAUUAUGGGGCAGCCUUCGCGGAAGAGAUCGAAUCUUGCCAGACAGAUGAUGUGCCUAUGGUGCGGGCUGCGGCAGCACAUGCCUUGGCACAGCUAGGCCUGUCUUCAGUGAGACGUCUUGAGAAUGGCGCCGAAUGA